UCGCACGAUCCUGCCCGUAAGCAAUCUCCCAACUCAUCUCUGCUUUGAAUUCAUUUCUAAUUCAUUCCAAUUCAUUCCGAUCCACUGCACUGAAGAGGGACACGUUGAAUCUUAUUUUGACAGUUCAUUCUAAAGGAAGAAUAGCUCUAAAACUGUCAGUGUCAACAUUUCGACGGUAAUUUCUGGCAAAACGUUUAUCCAAGGUGUCAAAAAUGAGAAUUGUACAAUUAAAAAGAAACCGCUUACUGCACAUCCUGGUUGGAGCUAGCUUACUUCUUACCGUCUUAUAUGUUUUGUUCUCUUUUGCUUCUGAUAAUCACGUGAAAAAUUUGAAAGGCUAUUGGGCAGAGUCUUUGAAGAGCAAACAGGUUCCAGUCUUUAUAGAUGGCCUUGGUAAUUUUGAACCAAGAGACCUAAAGGAAAGAACUGGUCCUGGGGAGGGUGGAAAACGACACAUUUUGAGAGAUGACCAACAAAACGAUGUCCAACAGUCAGAAUCUGAAUAUGGCAUGAACAUGGUAUGUUCAGAUGAAAUUUCCUUGGAUAGAUCGAUUCUGGAUACUAGGCCGGAAGAGUGUAAACAUUGGGAUUAUCCAAAAGAUUUACCUCGAACAAGUGUCAUUAUAGUAUUUCAUAAUGAAGGUUGGUCCGUAUUGAUGAGAACUGUACAUAGUGUUAUCAAUCGUACACCUCCACAAUUCUUGGAAGAAAUCCUUCUAGUUGAUGAUUUCUCUGACAAGGAAAAUUUAAAAGGAGAAUUAGAAUCUUACAUUGAUAGGUGGAGUGGAAAAGUACGAUUAAUAAGAAAUCAUGAACGGCAAGGCCUGAUACGGACUAGGUCUCGAGGAGCUCGGGAAGCAAAAGGAGAAGUUAUUGUUUUCUUGGAUGCGCAUUGUGAAGUUAACCUUAAUUGGUUACCACCUCUAUUAGCUCCUAUUGCUGUUGAUAGUACUGUGAUGACUGUACCAGUAAUAGAUGGGAUAGAUCAUAAAACUUUUGAGUAUCGUCCAGUUUAUCAAGAAGGACAUUUAUAUAGAGGGAUUUUUGAGUGGGGGAUGUUGUACAAAGAAAACGAACUUCCUAGACGAGAAGCUAAAACUCGUGCUUAUAGCAGCAUGCCAUAUAGGUCGCCGACACACGCUGGUGGUUUAUUUGCAAUAAAUCGUGAAUAUUUCUUAUCGUUAGGUGGAUAUGAUGAAGGAUUGCUCGUCUGGGGUGGAGAGAAUUUUGAAUUAUCUUUUAAAAUUUGGCAAUGUGGAGGCAGCAUUUUGUGGGUGCCCUGCUCCCACGUGGGUCAUGUGUAUCGUGGCUUUAUGCCCUAUACUUUCGGUAAACUUGCUCAGAAAAAGAAAGGUCCUUUGAUCACUAUUAAUUAUAAAAGAGUUAUCGAAACGUGGUUUGACGAAAGGUACAAGGAGUUUUUCUAUACCAGAGAACCACUGGCACGAUUAUUGGAUCACGGCGAUAUCUCGGAGCAAUUAGCGUUCAAGGACCGUAUGAAGUGUAAAAGCUUUCAGUGGUACAUGGACAACAUCGCUUAUGACGUCCUUGAUAAAUUCCCUGAAUUGCCGCCGAAUAUUCAUUGGGGAGAGUUGCGAAGUGUAGCAACUUCUGCAUGUUUGGAUACCAUGGGACAUAGUCCUCCUAGUUUAAUGGCUACAUCGCACUGCCAUGGUUUUGGUAAUAACCAGUUGAUUAGACUGAAUGCAAAAGGUCAGCUGGGAGUGGGUGAACGAUGCAUCGAAGCCGAUACUCAAGGAGUGAAAUAUGCUUACUGUCGUUUGGGUACGGUAGAUGGGCCUUGGCAGUAUGACGAAAAAAUGAGGACCCUUUUGCACAGAGUUUAUAAGAAGUGCAUGGCACUACAUCCUCAAACGCAACAAUUGUCAUUAAUGCCUUGUGAUAUUAACAACACUUAUCAGCAAUGGACAUUCCAUCAGAUACAUCCUCAGUGGUGAAUAGAUAACCAUAAGUUCCUUGAUUCACUCCAAAUGACUUCCAUUUAUACGAUCCAAGUGUGGUUUGAGUAAUGGAAGGUUAUAUUUCAAUUCGACAAAAGUCUUAUUUAGUACAUAUCACAAUAAAUUUUAUACGUUUCAUGCCACUGCUGAUUAUACAAUGGUGUGUAUAUUACGUAUAUGGCAGUUAUACUAAAUGCUUUUGUUGGAUCAAAACGAAAGUGUGGUACGAUAGUUACGACUGCAAUGUAAACUUAGUCGCCAGUCGUAUGGGAAUUUAAUCCCGCACACGGUUCUCGGGUGCGGUGUAAACAUAACGUUUUGCGAACGUAUUGCAAAUAAGAUUUGCAAAAUAUCUGCUGCCAAUAUGAUGUUGACAUUUGCACGAACAGAAUUUUCUACUAAAGUAACGUACAGUUAACCUAGAAAUUCGCAAAUGCGAAUAUAACUGAUGAACUGAUAAUUUAACAUUCCUCGUAUGCCGAUCCGAUGAUGAGAUUUUUUUUGGAGAAGUAAAAUUUACUUCUUUAUCUUUAAGACUUUUUGUAACGGUGAAAAGUUAGUUAAAUAUAUAAAUAUAAGGAGUUCCAGUUCCAGAAAGGAAAAAUAUUUUUCCUUAAGAGCUUUGCACAAAUCUGGAAACUAAACACCUUGUAAAACUACUUGAACGAUUCAAUUUUGACGACUGACUACUUUUGAAUGUACUUAAGGGAUCGUAACUGAAAGCGACCUUCUCGCAAUACAAAAUGCAGUUAUCUGUUUAUUAAUUAAAUGCCGGUGAAUAAUUUAUUGGAGAUGUAUUUUGUAUCGGGGAACCUAUGCCCGUCACAGAUCUUUUUGUAUGUAUUACAUAAUAUUAAGUACUAUAAUAAUAGGAGACAAUCGAUGUUCAGUUUUAACUGCUUGCAAUACUUUGGCAAUCCUUUAGAAAUUUAUCAUUUGACAAUUAUAAUUGGUACGGUCGUGACAGGGCAAUAUGAUUACACUUCAUUGUGAUUGAUUACCCUUCUUAGUUAAUUCAUUGACUUUCAUUGAAUAUUCAUAAGAAGUUACUCAUAAUUUAAUACUGGCUCUUGUGCGUUGAGCAGGUUUUUUUAUUAUUUUGAUAAAAGGAGCAUGGUUGUAUUUGUGUUACGUAAAUUGGGGUUAUUUAUUAAUGUUGAUAUUAUAUAUUCGUUAAAAUAACAUUUGGGUUUUGUACUUUAUGGUUUUAUGUCUACAACUGUCUUUUGCCUUUUGCGUAUUUUGGUUAUGAAAGUUUGAGGUUACACCUUUGUUGUAUUAAAUUAUAAUCAUGAAAGUGUAGUGCAUUUAUAUACUUUAAGAUGCGUAGACUUUAGAUACAAAGAGAUUAUAUGACUGUAAGAAAAUGGAUAUUUUAUUAAAAUAAAUUGCGAGUUUUAAUAAAAA